CGUCCGUCCGAAUGGCCUCGUGGGCGGAGCUUGCGUAGCCUCCCGGACCCCGGCGCGCACCGUCUCCCGUCCCCCGCCCCUGGCCACCAAGCGCCUCCGUGGACACGCACUUCCUGCGAAGCCUCCGUGCGCACCUUGGCCGAGCCGAACCGAGCCGAGUCCUGUCCUUCCAGGCCGUUCGCAAUGGUGGAUGAGUUGGUGCUGCUGCUGCACGCGCUCCUGAUGCGGCACCGCGCCCUGAGCAUCGAGAACAGCCAGCUCAUGGAACAGCUGCGGCUGCUGGUGUGCGAGAGGGCCAGUCUGCUGCGCCAGGUACGUCCGCCGAGCUGCCCGGUGCCCUUCCCCGAAACGUUUAAUGGCGAGAGCUCCCGGCUCCCCGAGUUUAUCGUGCAGACGGCGUCUUACAUGCUCGUGAACGAGAACCGAUUCUGCAACGACGCCAUGAAGGUGGCAUUCCUUAUCAGCCUCCUCACCGGGGAAGCCGAGGAGUGGGUGGUGCCCUACAUCGAGAUGGAUAGCCCCAUCCUAGGUGAUUACCGGGCCUUCCUCGAUGAGAUGAAACAGUGCUUUGGCUGGGAUGACGACGAAGACGACGACGACGACGACGAAGAGGAUGAUUAUUAGGCCCUCGACCCUCGGGCCUCGGGGGGAGGGCCCUGCACGCCGCCACCCCCUCCCCGCAGCCCUCACCCCGCCAGGAGCCACUGCUCUCCCCCUUGCCCUCCGGUCCCCUUACCUACCCGCGCCCGUCUGCUCUCUCUCUUCAUUUCUCCGUAGUGCUUGUCUUUGUUCCAGGAAUAGCGCUCCAGUUACCUGCUGCUGGGGUCGGGGCUGGAGCCUCACUCACUCGGAAGUGCUUGGAAGUGUCAUCUACCCUGGCCAUCCCCGGGAUCCCUCCCCUGCUAAUCUGAACUGUGUCCUGAACCCCAGCUAUUGGCCAGGCCCCUGUUACAAACUCCGCAGACCACCCAUAGCCCUGCUGCUGCCACCUGCCCUGCUGCCAGGCUUACAUCUUCCCAGAGAACUAUGCUGCCACUUCACAUCCACUCACCACAUCCCACCUACAGACUACCACCUUUCGAGAUCAGGACCAACCUGGAAAAUGCCAGAGUUGGCUAUGCCUUUUCAGACAUUGAUUUGGACAGCUCACCAACCCCUGAAGGGGCCGUUCAGCCUGGUUAGUUUUCUACCUACUCCGAGUGUCCUCCCCUGCCCCACCAGAUUGCUGCAGGGGCGCGGUGUGCCUGGCAGCCAAAUUGUUGACACUUCUUUUUUCCUAUGCACUGGUUUUACACAGCUGUCAUUUUUCUUUCAAAAUUGCAGCAGUCCCACAGAUGUGUGCAUUUGGACAAAUAGUACUUAAAAACAAAACAAACAAGCACUGAGCCCAGCUCCUCAAUACUACCUGGAAAAAGCAUUGGCAUUAUUUUCAAUAAAUAUCAAGCACUAAAAAAAGAAA